AUGCAUAUGAUCACAACCACCAUGAUUUUUAUGAUCCUCGGUGCUUCUGUUGUAAUGGCGAUAGCGUGUCUGAUGGACAUGAACGCACUGCUGGAUCGCUUCCACAACUACAUCCUCCCGCAUCUACGAGGCGAGGACCGUGUGUGCCACUGCAACUGUGGAAGGCACCAUGUCCAUUAUGUAAUUCCAUAUGACGGGGACCAUUCGUUGGUGGACUCAUCGGAGAACUACUUUGUGAGCGACAGUGUGACAAAGCAGGAGAUGGACCUCAUGCUGGGGCUGUUGCUAGGCUUCUGCAUCAGCUGGCUGCUGCUGUGGCUGGAUGGAGCGUUACACUGCGCUGUGAGGGCCUGGAGGGCCAGCCGCUACUAUGAUACACCGUCCUGGUCCUGGCUCCCUCAGUUCUGUAACCUGCGGGAUCUCCGCAGGCGUGCACAGUUACGACAGCUGGAAGACUCCAGUGGAAACAUGGUGCACAUCAAGCAGAAGCUCUACCAUAACGGCCAUCCCAGCCCCCGUCACCUUUGACUCUCAACAGCAGUACCCUCCCCCCAACUGUCCCAUUACCAAAUGCUGCCUCAGAGACCCUCUUCAACAGUCCCACUGCUGUCAGAUCCACCUUCUUGACUUUCUACGGCCACCCGACACAGUCCAGUAUUUUGAGGAAAAAAUAAAGAAGACUAAAACUCAAGAAGAAAGAAAACGCAACUUUUGUCCACACACCAUGUUUGUGGGGGGGAGGUGGGGGUGGAGGUAAGAUGUUUGGGGGUCUUUUUUUCUGUACAGGCAUUGUCAUUUUUUAAUUGUUAAAUCUAGGCAUGCACUUUUAAAACGGGGUGGGCUAGGCAUUUACAGUGUUUAAAUGGGGCAGUGAGCCUAGGGUGAUUUUCAUUUUUGGUCUUUUUUUUUUUGGGACACAUGUGGGUGGGGCUGACGAGAGAAAGGGUGGGUCAUGGUUUUUGUGACGGCGUAGUUAAAAGAUUACUGCUUGUGUAAAUAGUUAUACAUAUUGUUUUAUGGGACUUAAGUCAACACAGGGUUAGGGGGGUCAUUAGAAAUGAGCUAUAAUUCAUGUGCCAGGAAAACAGGCUAAUGGAGAGUGAAAAAAGUCAUGAAAACAGAAGUGCGACGUGGAUGAAAAUGGAUCUCUGUAAAAUAUUGAUUGAUCAGCUUUGUUACCUAGUGAAAUCAAUGAAUGUAUGUAAUUUUAUCUGUAAAUAAAGGAGAGGGAGGGUGAGACCAGUCGAACGGUCAGUGCUCUUUGUGCUGGACUGAGCGUUUCUGAGUUCAAAAUGAGAGAGAGCCUUCAGCACUUGCCUUGUCUUCCCUUCACUAUGUCCAAUAACCCGUCCAGGUCUGCUUUUAAAUAAGUCCAGAGCCAAACAAGAGCAAACCAGCGUGCCGGCACAGAGAGCCUUGACCCACUUUCCCCUUCCUCUCCAUGUCCAGACAUUGCUGUUGUGAAGAUGAAAUGUCUGUUUUAUUAAAAGUGCCAUUGAAGCACAACAGUGA